AUGGAAGAUACGAGUGAACCCAAAAAAGACUCAGGCGAUAACCAUGGAAUUAUAUCUUCUUCGGGCAGAAAAGUGAGGAUCUCUAGAAGGGAGACCGACUGGCAAGCGCAGAAGAAGUACUUUGGUCUUGUAAUAGACCGUAGGCUCACCUGGAACCCGCACAUCUCAUCCAAGAAGGCAAUGAAAGCAAAGAUCGAGGGACGGAUCAAAAGUCGUCACGUUCGUAACAUAGAUUCCAACGGAAUAUCAGUUCUAGGAGCCGAUUUUAAUCAUGAUUUGGCCUUCCCACGAUUUGCAGAGCCAAUACCGAAUGUCACAGUUACCGUUGGAAGAGAUGCGUUACUAGCUUGUGUGGUGGACAAUUUGAGGGGUUUCAAGGUUGCUUGGGUACGGGUCGACACCCAAACUAUCCUCUCCAUCCACCACAAUGUGAUUACUCAAAAUCCUCGUAUCUCCCUAUCGUUCAACGACCACCGGUCCUGGUACCUUCACAUUAAAAAUGUACAGGAGGUCGACAGGGGGUGGUACAUGUGCCAAGUGAACACGGACCCUAUGCGGUCUAGACAGGGGUAUUUACAAGUAGUUG